AUGGCAAAUUAUCUCGCCUCUAUUUUUGGUACCGAACAGGACAAAGUCAACUGCUCUUUCUACUACAAAAUCGGCGCCUGCCGUCAUGGCGACAGAUGUUCUCGUAAACACGUCAAGCCGUCAUAUUCGCAAACCGUCCUCCUCCCGAAUAUGUACCAAAACCCGGCAUUCGACCCAAAAAAUAAAAUGAACCCCAACCAGUUACAAACACACUUCGACGGGUUCUACGAAGAUAUUUGGUGUGAAAUGUGCAAGUACGGAGAAAUUGAGGAGUUGGUUGUUUGUGACAAUAACAAUGAUCACCUCAUUGGCAACGUCUAUGCCCGUUUCAAAUUCGAAGAAGACGCUCAGAAGGCUUGCGACGAGCUAAAUCAACGAUGGUACGCUGCCCGACCGAUAUACUGCGAACUUUCGCCCGUUACAGAUUUUCGAGAAGCUUGCUGUAGGCUUAAUUCUGGGGAAGGAUGUCAAAGAGGAGGGUUUUGCAAUUUCAUACAUAGGAAAGAGCCGACGAAGGAAAUGGAUAGGGAUUUGGAAUUGAGCACCAAGAAAUGGUUGAGGAUUAGAGGGAAGGACGAAAGGGAGGCCACCAGGAGUCCGUCACCAGUAUUUGAGGGAAGAACUAGAGCCUAG